AUGUUCCCAAAGAGCAAUUCGGCCGUGGUCGCCCUGCCUCCCUUGAACGUCCCCGAGUUGCGGAAGGCGACGACGACAAUCCAUCCAAGUCCUCCGAAUUCCCCGUCUCCAGCAAUAUCUUUCGAUGAUUACAAGGCGAAGAGUGAGCUCAAAGAUGGCGCCGCAUCCAGAACUGAGCCCUCUAUACUUCUCACUCCACCCACAAGUCCUCCCCGAGGUAUGCCAGAGUUGACAAACGAUGUCCAGCCAGAAGGGAACGCAGUCGAAUUUGAUCCUCCUGCGUUAAAAUCUCUGCUUAGUCUCGAUACUGGACGAUGUGGAUGUCCCACAAAACAGAAGCAGCCUUGUAAGAUGAGGAUUGCGGAGAAGAAGAAGGCGAAGAUCGACAAGAUGAUCAAAUCAAUCCUCGGUUUCAUCCCCUCAUCCCCGGAGCUCGAGGGCGAGAUAGAAAACCUGGCUAAGCUCGUGCACUGUUGGUACCAUGACCAUGGACAGUUCAUCACAUCUCGUGCCGAGGAAUGGAUAUCCACCAUUCCUACCGGAGAUCCUGGCAACAAGCCUUUUCUGUCUCUAGAGCGGCAAAUUAGAAAAGCUCUAGACGGAUUGUCUACACAGUGCAUAGGGAAAACCCAAGCGCAGGGCAAUUGUUGCCGUGAAAUCGGAGGACAGAAGGCGCAGAACUGUACUAGCACCAUUAACGAGAUUGUCUAUUCGGCGACUGAUCUAGACGAUGAUGAUAUUGAGCACCUUCUCAAAGUUCUUGAACAUAAUAGGCUUUGCGAUCGCCAUGAUAGACAACCCCUCAGACAUGUGGAAUUGUGGAAAUCGAGGAUCAUGGAGAUUCACAGCAUAUGCCAUGCCCAGUGUGCGAAGUUGGCUGAAGACACUCCACCGUCAGCUUCUCAAAAGCGCGUGGUCCUGACGGCGAGAACCUCACGUCUAUCGCCUCUAAGACUGAAUAUAAAUCCGGCUGAAUAUUGGCCCGCGGCAUAUGAUGUGAGUCCUUUCAGCAUCAUAGAGAGGAGCGAUAGACUCAACGACUACGAAUUGUCAUACAAGCAAAUUGCAGGGCAAGCCAGGAGUCCCUUGAAUGCGAAGUUGGGUGACUUGAAGGAUGGAUAUGUAUACAUGUAUGAGGUCGAGGGAAACGAUGGAUUCGUCAAAAUCGGAUAUACCAGUCGUACUACGGAUGAGCGUCAUAAGGAGUGGGCGUUUGCAUGCAAUCGAGCUCCCAAAUUGCUCUAUCCGAACUCAUCAAACCCGCAAAAAGUUCCAAAUGCCCGUCGCGUCGAGGCUUUGUGUCACGCGGAGCUACAUCAUCGACGGCUCAGAAUCUAUUGCACUGGUUGUUUGAAGCAGCACAUUGAAUGGUUUGAAAUUGCCGCUGCUGACGCCAUCGCAGUUAUCUCGAAAUGGUCAAACUGGAUGGCAUCCAAUCCAUAUCAAGAGAAAAACCUGAGAGCCGGGUCAAGAUGGGUCCUGAAAACUGAGGAGGCGAAAAGAUUUGAUGAUAUCAAAACAUUUCUGAAAGAUAUAUCGCGUCCGGUGCCGAUACGUUAA